ACACGUGUGCGCCUCCAGAUAGGCUGCAAUAUGCAGAGCUCAAGGAUAGUUUCGGCACAAUGAGCAGCUUUCCCAUUGGAACGACAGUGUCGUACAUCUGCCGGCCAGGGUAUAUGCCAAUCUCUGGAAAAUCAUCAACUCGUACAUGUGGUAAAGACUUGCAGUGGUUGCCCACAGAGCAGUUCUGUACAGCGAGAAAAUGUAACCAUCCAGGAGAACUAGAACAUGGUUUUGUUCAUGUGACAGAUCUUACAUUUGGUUCAAAAGCUACUUUUUCUUGCAAAGAAGGGUUCAGAUUACGUGGCACUGAUGAAAUUUCCUGUAUAAUUCAGGAUAAAGGUGUUGGCUGGAGUAAAGAUCUUCCUUUCUGUGAAGGAAUCCCUUGUAAACCACCUCCAAGUAUAGCCAAUGGGCGCUACACUGAAGCAGCUACCUAUGUCUAUGAAACAGCAGUAACCUAUACGUGUGACGAUGUACCAAAAGGCGCGGAUCCCUUCUCGCUAAUUGGCCCAGCUACUAUUUUCUGCACGUAUGAUGCACACUUAAACGGAGUUUGGAGUGAACCACCUCCACAAUGUAAAGUGGUCAAAUGUGAUAACCCGAAGGUUGAAAAUGGGAGAAAAAUAUCUGGAUUUGCAUCUUCCUAUAGCUAUAGGGAGUCCGUUGUAUUUGAGUGUGAUCCAGGCUAUUUCAUGAUUGGUUCGCAUAUUAUUAGCUGUGGAGAAAAUAACACCUGGUCUCCUCCAAAACCAACUUGUGAAAAAAUUACUGAAGAUGUAUGUGGUGCCCCAAACAUCGCACAUGGAGUAGUGAUUCCAGCGAAAUCUGUGUAUGAAGGAGAAGAGUCUGUUCAGAUAAAGUGCAAUAAGCACUGCACUUUCCCUGAUGGCACUGAAGAGAUGACCAUAACUUGUCGAGGACGGAAUACAUGGUCGUCUUUACAAAACUGUGCAUGUGAGCCUAAAACUUCUGGUUUCACUCCACACAUAAGUUAUGGUAGAGUAAUUGAUGGACAAAAGCCUUCAUAUUCUGUCGGGGAUUUUAUUACGAUUGAAUGUUAUGCAGGCUACACAUUACAUGGUGAAGCUCGUAUUCAGUAUAUCGGAGAAAACCAGUGGAUUCCUGGAGUGCCAACUUGCCAGUUAAGUGCUUAUAUUACGGCCAUCAUCUGUGUGAUUGUGGCAUUAGUGGUGUGCCUGGCAGCCUUCUGGGUCUAUAAGAAAUUCUUUUCACAAAAUGGGAAACGCGACAGCACUCCAUGUACUGCCGAAUAUAAGAUCUGUAACGCAUGA